GGCGCAGGGUUCACAGAUUUGGUUCCGUGGCUUUCAGCGCCCCCAGGCUGCAAACUGUUCCCUUGCUCCUCUUCCAGCUACCAGGAUUUGCAUGUGUUCGAGCUGCAAGAGCCCACGAGAGUCAUUGAGUGGCUAGGAGAGAAAAGUGUCUGUGUCGCAGGAUAUGAAAACGCCAGAAGAAAUGAAAUUCUCCAGCUCUUGUUACCUCAAAAACUGUGUGUGAAAGAGAAGCAGGGUUUGUGUCCCGAGAGAGAUUUCAAGGUGGAACAGGGUGGAUUUUCCGAUCGCCCUGUGUACAGCCUACAGCAUGUACCAGACACCAGCUUGCUGGUAACAAGUGGCCCGCCAGACGGUUCCCUGCAGAUUUGGCAGCUGGCAGCAGAGGACACGGAUGUUAUUAAAUCCGUAAGUACCAUCCCUGCGGGAAAUGACAGCAAGAAACCUUGGGCUAAAAUUGCAACCAUCUUCGCUAGAGCCCCUUGUGUCCUUCAUGGCUCAAGAGUCAACAAUCUCCAAGUGACAGAGAUUGAAUCAAAGAAAACCAUCUACGCAGCAGCCUCUCGUAGCAGCGAUACUUUGCUGGCCUGCUGCGUGAAGGGCCAGCUGUGCCUGGCAGAUGUUCGGCGGCCACAGAGUCCCCUGGGUGAUGCAUCCAUUCCUUUAGCACUCGGUGGGGAGCAAUGGUGCAUGGGCGUCCUGCCGGGCUGUGGUGCGAAUGCACCCACCGUGGCCCGACUCUCGUCAGGAGGGCAGCUCAUGCUAACGGACUUGAGAAACAUCCCAACGCCUCUGAAAUCGGCCAAGUGCAAGGUUUCUGCAGCCAGCCCACGCGCGGAGUUCCUGUGCGUCUCCUGGGCGCCUGCUCUGGACGGGCACCUCGCCGUUUCAGGCUUCCAUGGGACCAUUGACAUCUAUGACACGCAGGGCUGGCCUGUCUCUGGCGUGGAAGCAGAGCCACUGUUUAGUCACAAAGGACAUCUCUUCAGUGGCACGGAGGGUGGCGGGGAUUUUCCCCUGGUCACAGCUCAUGUUUGGCAUCCCUGGAAGCCGAGAACAUUGUUAUCAGCAGCAAGUGAUGGCUCCCUGCAUGUCUGGGACUGGGCGGAGCCGCACAGGAACAGUUCAUGAGAACUCUGAGUUACUUUUUUUCCUGUGUUUCCACUCUAAACUCUGCUCCCUGUGCAUGAGUGACCCUGUCGGAAGGGGACGCUCCAGACUGAUGCUCGGUGUUCCCAGCGUGUUGUACACAUUUCGUUAUUUAAAACAGUAAGAAUUGUAAACCUCU